AUGGACAAAGAGUGGACUAAACAACCAAGGUUUAGUAGCGAGUAUAUCAAUGGUGUUGAAUCAUUCUUAGAUUUUGCCUAUACAAAAGGAAGACCUCAAGGAGAUGAGAUUUUAUGCCCAUGUGCUAAGUGCGGGAAUUGUUGUUGGGAAAAAAGAAAUGUGAUUUACAAUCAUUUAAUCUGCACGGGAUUUCUAGAAGGCUACAAUGUUUGGAUACAUCAUGGGGAGCAAAUGAUGGAAAUUGAUGAAGAAAUGGAAGAGGACUAUCAUGAUGACAUUGAUGGAUUGUUGUACGAAACAUUUAAAUAUGUGGCAGGAGCAGAGCCAGAGGGUCCUAAUGAGGAUGCUAGAAAAUUCUACAAUUUGAUUGAUGAGUCACAAAAAGAAUUGUACCCAGGAUGCAAAAAUUUCUCUACCUUAUCAUUUAUAAUUCGAAUGUACUUGUUGAAGUGUACUCAUGGGUGGAGCAAUGUGUCAUUCACCGCCCUGUUAGAGUUACUGAAAGAAGCUAUGCCUGAUCUAAAUAUUCCUGAAUCCUUUAACAAAACAAAGGGCAUGAUUAGGGAUCUUGGCCUUGAUUAUAAAAGGAUUCAUGCAUGCCCAAAUGAUUGCAUGCUCUAUUGGAAAGAGUACGAAAAUGACAAUUCCUGCAGAACUUGUAAAGCUUCACGAUGGAAAGAAUUUCCUCAAGUUGCCGGUGAAUUUGAGAAAUCUGAAAGUGAGUAUAAAGUUCCUGCAAAAGUCCUGAGACACUUUCCCUUGAUUCCUAGGCUUCAAAGGUUGUUUAUGUGUUCAAGGACUUCUGAUUCAAUGAGGUGGCAUGAAGAAGAGCGUUCAAAGGAUGGGAAGUUGAGACAUCCUGUUGAUGGCCAAGCAUGGCAGGACUUUGAUGGGCUACAUCUUGAUUUUGCAUCCGAUCCUCGAAAUGUAAGACUUGGUUUGGCUAGUGAUGGAUUCAAUCCGUUCAGGACGAUGAGCAUAUCACAUAGUACCUGGCCUGUCUUGUUGGUGGUAUACAAUUAUCCGCCGUGGUUGUGCAUGAAGUCUGAGUACAUGAUGAUGUCAUUACUUAUUCCUGGUCAACAAUCACCUGGAAAAAAUAUUGAUGUGUAUCUUCAACCGUUGAUUGAGGAGUUGAAGGAAUUAUGGGAAGUAGGAGUAGAGACAUAUGAUGCCUCGAGAAAAGAAACAUUCCAAAUGCAUGCUGCACUAUUAUGGACAAUUAAUGAUUACCCUGCAUAUGCCAUGUUGUCAGGUUGGAGCACGAAAGGAAAGUUGGCGUGUGCUUGUUGCAACUAUAACACUUCUUCAACCUAUUUGAAACAUAGUCAUAAGAUGUGUUACAUGGAUCAUCGUGUUUUUUUGCCAGCAGACCAUACUUGGAGAACUACUGAAAAUUUAUUUAAUGGCAAGAUGGAAUUCAGAACAGCAUCUCCUUUGUUGAAAGGGACAGAGAUACUAGAAAUCUUAAAGAAUUUCAACAAUGUAUUUGGAAAGACAAAAAGCAAAAAUUUGAUGGUCCAUGGAGGAAGAGAUAUCCCAGGGAAGACAAAAGACCAUAUUAAUGCUCGUUAUGAUUUGCAAGACAUGGGCAUUAGAAAAAAUCUUCAUCCUAGGGAUGUUGGUGGAGGUCGUGCAGAGUUUGUAAAAGCAUGUUUUUCAAUGACUUCAGAAGAGAAGUCUACUUUUUGUGGUGUUUUGAAGGCUGCCAAAUUACCAGAUGGCACUGCAUCCAAUAUUUCAAGAUGUGUGAAUGUCGUUGAGAAGAAAAUAUCUGGUUAUAAGAGUCACGAUGCACAUUUCAUGUUGCAUUACUUAUUACAGAUAGCAAUAAGAAGCACAAUGCCUAAUGGAGUGCAGUCACCUCUCAUUCGUCUUGGUUCUUUUUUCCGUUCUCUGUGCCAAAAAGUUAUCCAAGUGCAAGAUCUGAAUUACUUACAAGCAGAGAUUGUGGAAAUACUUUGUCAAUUGGAGAUGAUUUUUCCUCCUAGUUUCUUUGACAUAAUGGUUCACUUGCCUAUCCAUCUCUCAAAUGAGGUUAGAUUGGGUGGUCCGGUUCAGUUCAGAUGGAUGUAUCCCAUUGAAAGAUAUCUAUGUAAGCUUAAGGGUUAUGUUCGUAAUAGAAAUUAUCCAGAAGGUUCAAUUGCUGAGGGGUAUUUGGCUGAAGAAGCAUUGACUCUUUGCUCAAGAUACUUGCAUAAAAGUGUACAGACAAGGUUGAAUAGAAAGAGUCGAAACGACGAUAACCAUGGUUCAUGUGAAGUAGAUGAAGCUGAUUACUUUUCAAUUAUUGGUCGUCCAUUAGGGGGGGAAAAUGGGAAACCGUUUGCCUUGGAUAUAGAGUCUAUGGCCCAAGCGCAUCGAUAUCUCUUAUUCAAUUGUGAUAGUGUUCAAGUUUACAUCAGUCGCACUAAAAAACGAAAGUGGGCUAAAGCCAAGGCUCAAAGUCAAGAUUUUAGUGAGUGGUUUAAAACUCGAGCCGCAGAAGAUGAUGUACCAUUCCAACUUCAAGAAUUUUCUAGAGGACCAAAUACUGUGGCAAAGAGGUACUCAGGCUACCUCAUUAAUGGAUAUAGAUUCCAUACUGCACAACGAGAUGCGAAACGCAAAACUCAGAAUUCUGGUGUUACUUUGGUUUCGUUGACUUCAAGUUUUGCUAGCUCUAAGGAUGAAAAUCCCAAGACUGAACCUGUAACUUAUUAUGGAGCCAUUAAUGAUAUAAUAGAGUUAGACUAUUAUGGGCACUUCAAAUUUGUCUUAUUUCAGUGUGAUUGGUUUGAAGCUGAAGAAGACAAAUAUGGACUUACUUGUGUACACUUCAACAAAAAAUGUUAUCAAAAUGAUCCUUUUGUGCUACCUACUCAAGUCCACCAGUGUUUUUAUGUUGAAGAUCCUUUGAAAGAAAAUAGGUAUUAUGUUAUGAAAACAGUUCCACGAGAAUUAUUCAACAUGGCUGAUCAAUCAGAGUUGCAUGCUCAAGAUGCUUAUCAGAGUGAACCGUUUGAUGGUACAAGUGUAGAUGAGCCAAAUACUGAUGAUGAACUCAACUUAGUCAGGGAAGAUAUACCGGCAACAAUAACUGAGAUGCCUACACCACCUCCGGUGCAAGAAAUAGAAGAAGAUUCAGAUUUUGAUGACACGUUAUUGGACUACAUGGACUAA